AUGACGUUCGACAAGCCAGCUACACCGGCUAAUAUCCUUCUGGACGAGUACGGUCACGUCCGUAUUAGUGAUCUUGGACUGGCGUGUGACUUUUCGCGACGCAAACCUCAUGCCAGUGUGGGUACUCAUGGUUACAUGGCACCAGAGGUCCUGCAAAAGGGCUGCCCGUACGAUUCGUCCGCGGAUUGGUUUUCUCUGGGCUGCAUGCUGUACAAACUUCUUCGAGGUCACAGUCCAUUCCGACAUCACAAAACAAAAGACAAGCACGAGAUCGAUCGAAUGACAAUGACCAUGAAUCUCGACUUUCCUGAGAGCAUGUCACAAGAGAUGCGGAAUUUACUUGAAGGACUUCUUGCGCGCGAAGUGAAUCAUCGGUUAGGGUGCAUGGGACGAGGCAUCCGCAGCAUCAUGACAAAAUAUCUGGAGAAGAACGGGGAGCUCACAUUCGAUAAAAUAUUCAAUCAAAAACUCGGUUACCUGCUUUUUCGAGACUACGCCUUGAAUGGAAGCGAAGAGUCCGUGCCUCAGUUGGGUUUUUACGAAGAUGUAAGCCUUUGGUCUUCCCAUUAUGUAUACACACAGAUCAAAAAGUUCGAAAAGCUCGAGACAGAUGAAGAACGAAUCAAACUGGGAAAAGAGAUUUAUGAUCAGUAUAUAAUGCGAGAAUUGCUCUCCCACACUCAUUUAACCACAAAUGACUUCAGCGUGCACCGUAUAAUUGGUCGGGGUGGAUUUGGUGAGGUCUAUGGCUGCCGUAAAGCUGAUACGGGUAAAAUGUAUGCCAUGAAAUGUCUGGACAAGAAGCGAAUUAAAAUGAAAGGUGGAGAAACACUAGCACUAAAUGAGCGAAUCAUGUUGUCCUUAGUUAGCACUGGGGUAAGCUUUAUCUUCAUUCUGUCACAUUUUUCGCCGCACAUCCUUUUUCAUAUUCGUCAUCCUGUGCCUGGUGUAAUCGAUUUGUUUGCUUCAUGGUAUCUCGAUGAUGACUUUUAUUGUUUAAACGGCUUAAUUGAACGAAAAAUCGAAGAGAACUUGUUGUGUUACAACUGCCUCACAGUAUGCGAAAUUCGCCUAUUUCAACGAGGUGGGAAACAUGAUUUCUACUGUGGAGUAGUUAUAAUCAGAGGUACUCAUUUAGCAUCCUUCUUUUAA